GUUUAUUGUUAUGGACGUGUAGAUGUGCAUGUGUGUGAUAUUUUUUCCGCGAUGACAGACCACCAGGAAGAGUUCUUAAAUGACUUUUUUAAUAAUGUGUCGCAGCUUAAUUUUGAAAAGGCCAGGGAGCUAGCGGGGCAUGGCUUAGCUACUCUUCCAGUUUGAACUUAUAUUGUCGACACAACUACCGCUCAUUGCUUUCCAUUGUGUAUGGAGUUUUGGACUCUGGAGGACAAGAUGCUUGCAGGACAUGUCCACAUCUCGGAAGCUGGAUUUUCGUAUUUUUCUGUCUAAUGAGAGCCAUGCAAGAUUGUUGCCAUAUUAUAUUGUUGGAGGCAAUCACCUGGGGACAUACACAUUUCCUAGUAUAGGAAAAAGAACGAGAGAUUUCGCGACUUGGGCUAACAGGACCAUGGGGAAUGCUGCUAACACAUUUGUCUCAGGUAGCACUUGCUGAACGUUCCUAUGUUGAUUUAGGGUUUUUUGUAACAAAAAAUAAAGGCUUCCUACGCAAAGAUAACUCCCUCAAAUCAAUGUAUGACGGUUUACGUACAGAUCUGAGCCGUUUGGAAGAGUUGACGAGAUCAAGUGGGCUUGAUAAAACUGUGAAUACUGUUGCAAAUCAGCUGACACAAUUUUUAACUGCUCGCAUUGAACUAAUAGACUUAUAUGAGAAAAUGCAAGUAAUGGGAACUGGAAAGCAAAUGCAGUAUGAAGAGCUUGUCUCCCAUAUUGAAUGUAUUGUUGAAAAACAUUCUUUGUCAUUUCCACAUAUGGCUCUAACUUCCAUCAAAGCUGCUCUCAGUUUGGAGUGUGAAAUUCUCGACCAUUUGUUGCGUGCCCAAGUUGAAAUGCAAAUGUGGAGGUUUCUUCAGUCCCUAAUGCUACUUCAUGGUGCUAAUACUCGAUUGUUGGCAUGGGAAAAUAAACUCCAAAACAGAGAGUCAAGGAAACUAGGAUUUCUGAAGGCAAAUCAACUUCCUGCAGUGUUCCAAUGGUGUUUAAAACUGAAAGCUGCUUUUGUAUCCAAAUUCACUUUAUAUUUUUUUACAACAUUGGUUAAACAGACGUCAUUUGCUGACAUGAGACAACAGUGUGGUAAACUGUCCUGUGACUAUUAUCAAAAAAUUCAUAAUUUCCAGAGGCGUUAUGAUGCAGCUGCUGUCACACUGUUGUUUGAUGCUACAGGUGUGGAAGAUUUCAAAGGCUCAGGCUACCAUCAUCCAAAUAAACCUCUUGAUCCUCCAACUGGUAUUGACUGCUACCAAAUAAUUUUCAGUCAUCCGGCUCAAAAACCUGUAAAUUACCUGCCAAUUAUUGUCAAUGUUAUACAAGAAAAUGCAGCUGAAUUGAUGGCAAUGGAUCAAGUGAUAUAUCAUUUCUGCCCAAGAGACAGAACAACAUAUUUCUUGUCCAGUGUAGAUCCCCGAAUAACACUGGUUAUUAUUUUUGACUGUAAGAAAACAGAGAAGGAAACAAACAUAACACAUUUUAUUACAGAUAUUAGCUCACAACUACGCUGUAAUAAAGUAUUUGCCAACCUGAAGCCGUCAUCAAAAUAAAAUGAGCACCAAUGUAUCAGUACAAGUUUUGCAUAUUGCAACAAUGGUGUACUUGGAAGUAUGAUAAUUUGAACAGUUUUUAAUUCCAAAGUUACCAGUUUUAUGCAGAAUAUCUUUUGCCUUCAGCAAGUAAUUGAUGUACCUUUUAAUAAUAGUUAGUUUUAAUAAUGUUAAUGGCUGUGAUAAUUGUUUUUACAUAAUUAAAAGUUUUAUUUUACUACAGCAAACAUUCUUAUCUCUUGCAUACUUUUAUAAGAUUAUGUACAAAUGUAACGUAUUUUAUUGCUGGAUGUUAGCUUGUAGGUCUGCUCCAAUAAUUUCUUUGUUAGAUUCAAGUCAAGACCACAAAUUGAAAUGGACACUAACACACAUAAGUGGUAAACAUUGCACCAGGUUAGAUAGAACCAGAUGUGUAUCCAAAACUGUCCAAUGUUGAAUGGAACUAUUUGUUAAGUCAGUAAUCUUCAUGUAAAAUACUUUUUGAAUCUGCAUAUCACAAUUGGUGUAUGUUUUAAUAGGAAUUACUUUUCAUAUAUUGAUGGCCGUGGAAAAUAACCUUGAGAGAUUAAAGUUUUAUUUUAUUACUAUUAUGGAAUUUGCAGUGUACAUAUUGGAAUAAAUCUAA